AAACAUUCUGUUAACCCUUUCGGUACAUAUAGCGCAACUCAUAUUUUAAUUGUUGAUGCAGGUAGUAUCUAUUAAGCCAUGGGAGAAUCCUGUCGAUCCGCCAAGCAGACACAAGCGUGUCAGCCCCCAAAGUCUUGCUGUCUUUAUUCUUCAGCAAGUUCCGAUCCCUGGCUUUCUCGCUAAAACUAGUGCUUCUGUUUAGCAUUUCAUCGAACAUUUGCUGGGCGUCGAUGCCUAUCUCUCUCCGCGCUCCCCAAUGCAGCAUUGAAGCGUCCUUCAAUGGGUAGUUGAAGCAUCGAAGCCCGUCGUUUCUCCAAAAUCUUUGCUAAUGAGGAAUGUCGUCGGGAGACUCAAACGGCAUCGUCCCGCAGUUCUCGCAAGAACUUCCCUGAAUGAAAGCUUACUUCAGAUCAUUUUUCAAAGAUGCUUAUCACAAGGGGACCAGAAAAGUAUAGAAAUUGGGAGGACACUUCAUAAUUUUAUUCCAUUAUCCUUGGUUCAUCGACAACCCUUCUCAACUAGCUUCACUAGUGUGCAUGGUGAAAGGCCAUCUGCCGAAUAUGCAAAGUUGAGAAAGGAGUCGCUAGAAAGUGAAUUUGGACAAGCACUUGGAAUGCAUCGCAUUAAAAGUAUUUCUGUGUUCCACCAUUUUGGUCCAUUUUUGGCUUUUUAUAGAGCUGCAAUUGUUUCAUUCCAUGUACUGAAGCUGAUGGUUUGGCAUUUUUUUGUUCGUGAUGUGGAAAGACGAUCAGUCAAGUUUCGUGAGACACUAAUCCGCCUGGGGCCUUUUUAUGUCAAGCUUGGACAAGCUCUGAGCACAAGACCAGAUGUGCUGCCUACAGUAUAUUGUCAAGAACUUGCUAAGUUGCAGGAUCAAAUACCCCCGUUUCCAACUCAUGUAGCCAUUAAAUCUAUUGAGUCCCAACUGGGUGUUACUGUUUCCCAAGUUUUUGCGGACAUCAGCCGGGAGCCAAUUGCUGCGGCAUCCUUAGGGCAGGUGUAUAAAGCUCAUCUGCAUACUGGAGAGCUUGUAGCUGUUAAAGUUCAGAGGCCUGGCAUGUCGCUGUCAUUGACCCUUGAUGCCUUGUUAUUUCAUGUGAUUGGAGGCCAAUUAAAGCGAUUUGCCAAAGCUCGGAAGGACGUCUUAGUAGCAGUAAAUGAAGUGGUACGACACAUGUUUGAAGAAAUUGAUUAUGUCCUAGAGGGACAAAAUGCAGAGCGAUUUGCUUCUCUCUACAGUUGUGAUGCCUAUAAGGAGCUAAGGAAUUCAAAAGUUACAGUUUGCAAUGCUGACGAUUACAAGAAAGCCAAUUGUAUUAAAGUGCCAAAGAUAUACUGGAACCUUACAUGUAAAUCUGUCCUCACAAUGGAAUGGAUUGAUGGAAUUAAGCUUACAGAUGAAAUUCGAGUGAACAAAGCUCAUUUAGAUAGCAAGAAACUUGUAGACCAGGGACUGUACUGCUCCUUGAGGCAACUGCUUGAGGUGGGGUUUUUCCACGCAGAUCCUCAUCCAGGAAAUCUUGUUGCCACUGAGGAUGGUUUUCUUGCAUAUUUUGAUUUUGGAAUGAUGGGUAAUAUUCCACGUCAUUAUCGGGUUGGACUUAUUCAAAUGCUUGUGCAUUUUGUUAAUCGUGACUCUGAGGGGUUGGCAAAUGACUUCCUUUCUCUUGGAUUUAUUCCCGAAGGGGUUGUUGAUUUACAAGCAAUUUCAGAUGCCUUGCAAGCAUCAUUUGAAGAUGGGACACGAGAACGCCGAGAUUUCCAGGCCAUAAUGAACCAGUUAUAUGAUGUGAUGUAUGAAUUUAACUUCUCUCUUCCCCCCGACUAUGCCCUGGUGAUAAGAGCAUUAGGGUCACUUGAAGGGACUGCAAAAGCCCUGGAUCCUAAUUUCAAAGUUGUUGAGAGUGCAUAUCCUUUUGUCAUUGGGAGACUUUUGGCUGAUCCAAACCCUGAUAUGAGAAAAAUAUUGAGAGAACUUCUUAUCCGCAAUGAUGGCUCCAUAAGGUGGAAUCGCUUAGAAAGACUGAUAGCAGCAAUAUCUCAACAGGCUUCGGAGUCAACUGAAUCUGUUAACCCAUCAAAUCCAUUGGAAUUGAAAUCCUUUGAUAUGCGUUCUGUUGUGUCUGCCACUGAAGAUAUUUUUCAGUUCAUACUGUCUGAUAAAGGUUUGAGGGUACGUAGAUUCCUUGUCCGGGACUUAAUUGAGGCAACUGACAUCUUUCUUCAAGAUGAAGUGGUUGCAUACAUUUUUGAUGAGAAGGUUCAUUUAAGAGAUACAGCUGAGGAUGAGGGACAUGCAAUGCUUGUGAGAGUGGUGAACGGGCUGAAGUCUUUCCAGCAGGCCGUGGCGUCAGCCCCACGGGUCUGGGCUGGGUUGCUACUCCGCAUGGCAUUCAAACCUGAGGCUCAUAAAUUUUUAUUUGACAUCAUUUCAGCCUUGGCAACACGUACUAGCCACAAAGUUCCAGAGACAUUGUGGGUCUUUAUAUCUAGAUUUAUUCACAAGUUGGUCAAAGAUUAUAGCCGUUGAAUUGAUUUUUUUUUUUUGAAUUAAUAAAAAGCUGUUUAACUUUGUACAAUAUAUUGACUUCGAUGCCAAAAUAAUUGCCUCCUGAAGUAACCAAAUGUCAUUAACGUUGUACGGAGCUGUGAAUUAUGUAUGUUUUCCAAUUAGUACACUUUCAAUCUCGAGGAGAAAAAUAGGGACAAAAGGGAUAAGACUUUCUCCCGACUCUUAUAAAGUGGUGUUUUGUGCAUUGACACGGCACGGCACGGCAUAAAACAUCCUUUUAUGGAGGCUAAACAAGUACUUU